UGCAGGGCACAGAUUGCAGCAGCCCCAGUGCUUGCUGUGCAUAUAAAUAGAGGGCAAGCAGCUGCCUGGAACUUUAGAGAAGUUUCUCGGCUCUGACGAAGAGAGGUUUAUUUAAGCUCCUGUUUGGGAACAGGAGAGGGAGUUUUGCUCAGGGGAGUGCCGCAACCAGGUGCAUUAAUUUUAAUCCUUCAGCCUCCUUCUCUCUGGAAUUCAAGCACACAGGAGCUCAUCUGCCUGCUCUGAUUGAAUUCUCUCCAUUUCAUUUUUUCUCUCCUCAUUUGAAAGUCAGCGCUGAAGCUUUCUUGUUUCAGAUUGGGAGAGGCGAACAAACAACAUUAUUUUUCUGGCUUUACUGGUGGGGGGAAGAAACCAGGUGCCGGUCUCAAGACAGGCUCUCGAAGCUGACAAUUGAAUUCUCCACCCAAUUUUGCCUGUGGUUUGGUUUACAUUAAGGGGACAAAUCUCUCCCCUGAACAUCACGUUGAGUGGCAUUUUUCUGUCCUGGUCAGAAUUCAAUCAGGUGUCUCUGUUGGAUUUUUCUCUUUCUUAGCUUUUUUUCCCCCCAAACCUGUUGGCUCCGACGUGAAGAAGAUCAUGGCUGACGGUCAAAUACCUUUUUCGUGCCAUUAUCCCGGCCGGCAUCGAACCCUUCGAGACUCGUUCAGGGAACCCAGCUUGUCCUCCCGGCUUCUGGACGAUGACUUUGGCUUGUCCCCCUUUUCCGGAGACCUAACUGCCGACUGGCCAGACUGGGCCCGCUCACGACUGGGCGGUGCGUGGCCAGGCUCGCUGAGGGAAGGGAUGCUCCGAACGCCUGGCUUUUCCCCACCAGGAUACGGCUCCAGAUUUGGGGGUUACACAGAAGGCCCUUGCUUUGGGGGCAGCCCUCCAUCCUUUACCGGGGAGCCAUGGAAGGUGUGUGUCAAUGUGCAAAGCUUUAAACCCGAGGAAUUGACGGUGAAAACCAAGGACGGUUAUGUGGAAGUGUCAGGCAAACAUGAAGAGCAGCAAAUGGAAGGAGGGAUCGUCUCCAAAAACUUCACCAAGAAAAUCCAGCUUCCUGGAGAGGUGGAUCCCAUAACAGUUUUUGCAUCCUUGUCACCGGAGGGGCUGCUGAUCAUUGAGGCUCCUCAGAUUCCUCCUUACUUCCAGUACGGAGACAGUAUCUAUGGUAACGACAUACCUGUGGAUAACCAAGAAGCCACCUGUGCCUGAAAGAUGCCCAGCUGGCCGUUCCCCCCACUUCAUCCCUCUGUUUCUCUCUCUCUCUCUCUCUCUCUCUCUCUCUCUCUGUCCAUGCAAUUGCAUUCACCCAAAGCCUAUUUGAUGUUGUACAUCUUUUCUUAUAAAAAGCCUCACCACAUUCUGCUGCUUUCCCAAUAUUCCAGUUGCAUCAGUGUGGCACGGGCAGAUGAUGGGUGUAUAGCCUGAUCUUUAAGGCUUUCAUAUCACUAGCCAUUUUUUUUUAAAAAAUAACAUCUCACAUUAGCUCACUUAUUGUCAUGACCUAGUCCCCCAUUCCCCACCAGACUUUGCCUUCGAACAAAGUCGGAGAAUCUUUUUCUCAGCCAGAGGGCCGCAUUCCCUCUGGGCAAGCUUCCGGGGGCCACAUGCAAGUGGUUGGCAGGGCUAGAGGGUAAGAAGUGAGUGGAGCCACAAAUGUAAACGUUUACCUUUGUACAAAGAGGCUAGUUUCUAUGCACAUGUACACGUCCCUCUCUGUCUUCCGUCUAGCCUGGCAGAAGACAUGAUCAGAGGUCAAGGCCGUUAUUUCAGCCAGGCAAAAACACUCAAGCAGGAUGCAAAGCAAGGCCAGUGAGUGGGGUGGCCUGGGGAGAGUCCCAAGGGCCGCAUAGAGAGGCUCAGAGGGCCACAAGUGGCCCUCUGGUCUGAGGUUCACACACACACACACGCAAGGUACUCAUCCGAGAAGUCCUGACACUAUCUGAGAAAGAUUCUGAGAAGGAACCUCUGGGAGACUUCUCAGAGGAGGAGGAAGAGAAGUUGUCAGCUUCUGAAUACUGUGGUUCUGUGGGAGGCUCUGUGAAUCCAAAAUUGGCCUCCACAGUCACUUACGGACCCACUGUUAAAGACCUUAUCUUGGAAGACAAUCUUACUCGGUCAUGAGUGAUCGCCAAUGAAUGAAUGAAUGAAUGACUGUGGUUCAGUUCUUUUUUUAGAGGAUCCUGGAAGAAGGGUGAACUCCAGGUUUAAAGGGGGACUUGGAAAAGUGGGCCCUAGUAGGGGCUCCUCUGCUGUUAGCGAACCCCCUGGCUGAUCUGGUGGCAUUAUCAGGUGGCGGCAGCAGCAGUCCACCGAGGAAGUUGCUUUUUACGAUGCCCACAAUGCCCAGGAGCGAUGACUGUGGGAAGUUGAAAUGGUGGCUCCCGCAGACCCAGCACGCAAGCACUCUGUUUAGAGCACCAGUGAGAGGGGCUCCCGGAGACGGGCCCUGCUAGGGUGCUGGGGCCAUGGUAGCUGUCCAAGGUGCUUCAUGGUGAUGUUGGGCCUGCCCUGACUCCCUGCCCCAUCAGACAGACAAUGUUCCAAGGCUGUCCGGAUGCUCUGCAGGUCUCCAGCUGAGGACACAACAAGCUCAACCAUGCUCUGGCCAUGGCAGCUGGUGGCUCCGUGUCAGUGGGGAUGUGGAAUCCACUUUGGGUUUUAGGCUGAACUUUCAAGGAACUGUCCGAGGUCCUGAAACCUAUUCCUAAAAUAGAUUUGGCACCUUGGACAGCUCCUUGAAAGUUUGGAACAAAACCCAGAGCUGAUUCUACUGCCCCAGCGGCAUGGAGCCACCAACUGUCACUGAGCUCUGGUCUGCAAUUGCAUGCCUAAGUAUUGCUCCUUUAAAUCCCUUCCAUCUUCUGGUUCAAGGGGGCUGGGCCUAUGGCAGUCAUUGGUCCUGCCCGGUGUGUAUGAGGGCUUGUUUGCCAUCAAGCCUUUGUUGGGGAAGGGUUGUAGCUCAGUGGUAGAGCCUCUGCUUUGCAUGCAGAAGGCCCCUGGUUCAACCCCUGGCAUCUCCAGCUAGGGCCAGGAGAGAAUCCUGCCUGAAAUCCUGUAAAGCUGCUGCCAGUCAGUGUAGGCAAUACUGAGCUAGUUGACUCAGUAUAAGACUGCUUCCUGUGUCAAAGGAACUUAUCUAAGUCCUGAAGCCUUUACUACUGUGCAUAGAAGUGGGUUCUUCAGCAGUUAAACGCCUUGUCACCUUGCCACCUCUGCUCAGUUGAUCCCUGUCUGCACAUUCUUCCUGGUGCCACAGUUGAUCCUUUGAGGUCUCUCACCCUGCCUGAAAGCUCCUGACCCGCCUGUGUGCUCAAAGAGAGUUCAGGAUCCAGCAUCCCUGGUAGUGCUGACAUGCUAAGUUUAGAUGUAUUCCUCUUGCCUGGAGGAAAUCAUCCGUAAAGUUAAAAGGAUUGUACAGAGGUAUGGGACAGAUAUUACUCCUCUCCUCUCUGUUUCUGCAUUCAUCCUGCUUUGUUUGCAUGAGGUAUACCACAUCUGUCAUUUUUUGAAUACCCAUUCUGAUUUGGUUGAGGGUGGUUAUACAACACUGCAUCAAGCAAUUGUUAACCCACACUCCCCAGAGCAAUUUGCCAUCACUUUCCUUCCUGUUUUGUUUUGGAAGGCGGCUUUAUCGCGCAAGAGCACCCAAUAUUUUUAAUUGUACAACCUGAAUUUGUUGGUAUGCAACUGAAUCCCACCUGCUGAAAAAAAAGGGGGGGAAGUUUGGACAAGUGCAGAUUUUGAAGGAUGAAUGUGUCUCGGUUUUCUUUUGGAAAGGGCAGAUUUGAUAAAUUCAGCUUUACAUGCAAACUGAAUUGACUUUCUCCCCCAACCCUAUGGUCAUUGUUUCCAAAAAUGCAUAUAUGAGGGGGGAAAUGUGUAUAAAUUAGUGAGAAUAACAUACAAAAAGACAUUGUGUUAGGAGAAAAUGCUGGCAGAAAUGUGUCCGUUGGUCAAAUCUGCAGACACAAAUGUGUUUGUUAGGGUGAUAUUUGCACCAAAAUGCUGAAGAAUUUUCAUGAGUUUUCAAAAAUAAAAGACUGCAAAUUGCUGCAGAAAGGUGGAGAACUGAACUUAAAAUUGGCAAAAUGAGAAAUUGAGAGAAGCAAAAUUGACAGAUCUUUCCAUCCCUACCAACCAGCUAUUGAUUUUGCACUAUAGUUGUCCCCUCUGGGUUGCCGUAGCCCAUCAAAGUUUACAAGUCUUUCUGGAGCAUCGAUGUUGAACCACUGAAGAAGACUGAGAACAUUUUGAUCCUUGAGAGAGGCAGAAUUCUUGGUUCGCCUUUCCCAACCAGAUUCUCAUCAGCCUUUCAUGAUAGCUUCUCAUUGCCUCAGGGGCUGAUCUGGCAGCAGGACAGGCCAAGCCAAUCCAGUCUUAUAGAAACUUGGGGUUGCAACAGCAAGGCAUCAACGCCCCCUUAUGUAAACGCUCCCUUGCAAAUGAACACCCUGUUUCGUCAAGGUCUUACAAACCAUGCUCCGACAUUGUGUAUCUGUAUAAGGAACGUAGCAGCAUGUCUGUCGUUCAUAUAAUUUUGGUGUACAUGAGAUAUUUAUGGCAAUAGGAAUAGAUAGGUCAAAUGUUCAGUUGUUUUUUAAGCAAUCCUGUUUUCCCAUAAAGCUCAUGUGAACAGCAGGAUUAGCUAGUCUUGGGAGGGGGGAGUUUGUUGUAGGAUGUCAUUAGUCUGAAAAUGCUUCAACUUGUGAAAUAUACCGCUGUUUGGAUCUGCGUCCUCAUUUUUUCCAAGCAAGACUUGUGCUCUUACUGAAGAAUAAACCCAAAAGGAAGUUUGUA